UUCACCUUGUGUCUGAGCUGGUCUGAAGUCUGGUUGUUCAGACUGAGCUUCCUGCCUGCCCGUAUCCCUCCAACAGCUUCAGAAGAAGGUGACUGGUGGCUGCCUGAGGAAUACCAGUGGGCAAGAGAAUUAGCAUUUCUGGAGCAUCUGCUGUCUGUGAGAUUAAGCACUACGUAUAUUGCUUUACUCACUCCCCACAGCAACCUUACCAAGCAGUUCUUUUCCACUUGAAAAGAUGGAGGCUGAGUGAAACAAAAGGAGGUGUUUAGGUUCCUCAGCAAGUGAGAGUCAGAGCCGGGAUUUGAAUCCAGAUCUGUCUGAUAUUGAAGUCUUGGCUGGUUUCACCUCUCCAGACUGCUUUCCAGGGAGUAAAGGACAGAUCAUUUACCUUCGCUGGCCGCUUCUAGAAGUCUGACCCUGCUGGCUCAAAACGACUUUGGUUCCUUGCCCAGAGGCUGUGGGCUGCAGGUCAAGACAUCAGUAGAAGGAGGGUCCAGCUAGAGCGGCUGACAUUGGCUUCUACUCACCGUCAUUUCUCCUUCCUUCCCGGAGCAACCCCUGGGUGCGUCCGCUUUCUGGGCACGUGAGGCUGGGCCUCGGCAGCCUGAGCCCUUGAGUUGGUCACUUGAACCCUGGGAAUAUUGAGAUGCUCAGAUGGCAGCGGAGAGGCCUGUGAUGAAGGUGUUACCAUCGUGAGAGUAAGAUUAUAUUCUCCUGCCUUUUGAAGAGAUGGACUUCAGCAGAAAUCUUUAUGAUAUUGGGGAACAACUAGACAGUGAAGAUCUGGCCUCCCUCAAGUUCCUGAGCCUGGACUGCAUCCCACAAAGGAAGCAAGAACCCAUCAAGGAUGCCUUGAUGUUAUUCCAGAGACUCCAGGAAAAGAGAAUGUUGGAGGAAAACAAUCUGUCCUUCCUGAAGGAGCUGCUCUUCCGAAUUAAUAGACUGGAUUUGCUCACUACUUACCUAAACACUAGAAAGGAGGAGAUGGAAAGGGAACUUCAGGCUCCAGGCAGGGCUCAGAUUUCUGCCUACAGGGUCAUGCUCUAUCAGAUUUCAGAAGAGGUGAGCAGAUCAGAAUUGAGGUCUUUUAAGUUUCUUUUGCAAGAGGAGAUCUCCAAAUGCAAACUGGAUGAUGACAUGAACCUGCUGGAUAUUUUCAUAGAGAUGGAGAAGAGGGUCAUCCUGGGAGAAGGAAAGUUGGACAUCCUGAAAAGAGUCUGUGCCCAAGUCAACAAGAGCCUGCUGAAGAUAAUCAAUGACUAUGAAGAAUUCAGCAGAGAGAGAACAAGGAGCCUUGAAGGAAGUCCUGAUGAAGGUUCAAAUGGGGAGGAGUUGUGUGGGCUAAUGACAAUCUCGGACUCUCCAAGAGAGCAGGAUAGUGAAUCACAGACUUUGGACAAAGUUUACCAAAUGAAAAGCAAACCUCGGGGAUACUGUCUGAUCAUCAACAAUUACGAUUUUACAAAAGCACGGGAGAAAGUGCCCAAACUUCACAGCAUUAGGGACAGGAAUGGAACACACUUGGAUGCAGAGGCUUUGACUGCGACCUUUGAAGAGCUUCAUUUUGAGAUCAAGCACCACAAUGACUGCACAGUAGAGAAAAUCUAUAAGAUUUUGAAAACCUACCAACUCAUGGACCACAGUAACAAGGAUUGCUUCAUCUGCUGUAUCCUCUCCCAUGGAGACAAGGGCAUCAUCUAUGGCACUGAUGGACAGGAGGCCCCCAUCUAUGAGCUGACAUCUCAGUUCACUGGUUUGAAGUGCCCUUCCCUUGCUGGAAAACCCAAAGUGUUUUUUAUUCAGGCUUGUCAAGGGGAUAACUACCAGAAAGGUAUACCUGUUGAGACUGAUUCAGAGGAGCAACCCUAUUUGGAAAUGGAUUUAUCAUCACCUCAAACGAGAUAUAUCCCUGAUGAGGCUGACUUUCUGCUGGGGAUGGCCACUGUGAAUAACUGUGUUUCCUACCGAAACCCUGCAGAGGGAACCUGGUACAUCCAGUCACUUUGCCAGAGCCUGAGAGAACGAUGUCCUCGAGGCGAUGAUAUUCUCACCAUCCUGACUGAAGUGAACUAUGAAGUAAGCAACAAGGAUGACAAAAAAAACAUGGGGAAACAGAUGCCACAGCCAACUUUCACACUAAGAAAAAAACUUGUCUUCCCUUCUGAUAGUGCUAUUUAGAUAUAUAACACUAUGUUUAUUUACUAAUUUUCUAAUUAGUUAAUUUAUUAGCUAUUUUGCACUUUUUUGUAAGAGCUAAAGUUAAUAGGAUAUUAACAACAAUAACACUGUCUCCUUUCUGUUAUGCCUAGGGCUUUGGGAAUGUUUUUACCUGGUGGCAAUAAAUACCAGAUGCCUGCAAAAUCCAGCUAUGAAUAUAGCUAUGAAUAUAGCUGGAUUUUGAUUCAAAUUAUUAUCAACAUUAAGCCCACUGUUAAUAUUCUAUUAACUUUAAUUCUUUCUUGAAGUCAAAUUCGACACUACCACAUCAAAAAAUUUAGAAAAUAGCCACCUAUGGUGGCUCAUGUCUAUAAUCCCAGCACUUUCUGAGGUUGAAGUGGGGGGAUUACUUGAACCCAAGAGGUCAAGGCUGCAGUGAGCCAUAU